GCGGCGCUGCGAGCUGCUGUUGUGCCCCUCGAGUUGGACGAUGCGAGCAAUGCCAUUGGAAUGGAUGCUCAGGAGAUUGGCUAUCUGGAGCUGAAGCCAAAUGGCACAUUGAUCUUGCAGCAUCCACCCAAUCAGAAUGACAGCAAUCUACAGAAUUUCCUGCUAUUGCGAAGCGUGUUGCAAGCACUAAAGCUGCACUCACACCAGCAGCAAGCCAAACUGAACAUCAAGAUGUAUGGCGAUGGUGUGGAGCACAAGUUUCCGCCGCUGCUGGAGAGAAUAAUACAACGCAUACAAACAUUUUUCUCCGUCUACCGCCAUACGGACACCAGCCAACCCGUGCGCAAAGAUGAGCCGACCACAGCGGCGCCACAAAUUGUGGCAAGCACACAGAAAUCAACGGAGCCACGGACAACAACGCCGAUCCCGCCACAAAAAGUUGUUUGGAUAACUGUGGGCGAGGAUGAGUGA